GCCGGGCGUUGAAAGCUUCCUGGUUCAUGAUCCUCUCUCCUUAUCUGACAUAUCUCACUGCCUGCUUUCGAUUCUCCUUAUUCUUCUUUUCUUAUUCAAUUCGUGCUCCCUAGUUGGUUUUCUCUCUGUCAUUACCCCUUGUUCGCGUCAGUGUAUGGCCGGAGACAUACACUAGAUGUCGACUCAGCCGCAGAAGCCAUUACCCCAGGUUGGGAAGCUUGUCAGCGUGGUUCCAGUAGGUUUAAAGGAGGCUGCCCUCGAUUCGCCGACAUUCCGUGCCACCACACUCCACUUCUCCGAUCAGAUUGAAUUCCUCGAAAGAUGGCUCGAUGGGUACGCGAAGGCCGCAUCCAAGCUCUCGAUGGAGCUUGCGGCUAUGGAGGGAAUAGUGAACACGUUUCUAUCCUACUCUAUGAACCCUUUGAUGGUCUCCGAAGCCGUCCUCGACCAUGAUUACACACUGUUGUCGAUGAGAAGGAGCGGUGACAGCUCGAGGGAUCUAUGGAACGGGUUGGUGUCCACCACCAAACGGAUAGAAUCGCUCGUUUCGGAGCCUAUCAGAGUUUUCAUACAGGAAGAUUUGCGGAAUUUCAAGGAGACCCGCCGCGUGCUCGACCAGGCGCAAAAACAUUACGAUUACCUACAGUCCCGAUAUGCAUCGCAGUCGAAAUCGAAAGAACCCUCGUCCCUAAGAGAAGAUGCCUUCCAACUCCAUGAGGCCCGCAAGGCGUACCUCAAAGCGUCGAUGGACUUUUCGGUCCAGGCUCCUCAAGUCCGAAACAGUCUCGACAGGUUGUUGGUCCGAGUGUCCUUCGAUCAAUGGCGGGAGUUCAAGACCUUCCAUAAUAACAAUGGCUCGACAUUCACGAAAUGGGGCCAAGAGAUGGAUCGUAUCAAAGGUUGGAUUCAUGAAAUGGAGGGGAGCGAGAAGUCCUCCAGGCGGGAGCUUCUGUCUGCCAGGAAACAGAUCGAGGAAGCGGCGGAGGUGGCCGUAAGGCCGUCGCGUGAGCUGGAGGACUACUCGAUCUCGACCGUACCCUAUCUUGGAUCCCGCCCUUUGUCGACACUCGAGAUGACGACGGAGGCUAGGCCGGAGAAGCAAGGGUGGGUGAAUCUGCGCACUCUCUCGGGCAAGCCCACACGCACAAUCUGGGUCAAACGAUGGGUUUUCUUGAAGAAUGGAAUCUUUGGCUGUCUUGUACAAGGAGCCCGCACUGGUGGAGUUGAGGAAAGUGAGAGAAUAGGUGUCCUCCUCUGCAGCAUUCGUCCGGCCUUCCAGGAGGAGCGCCGCUUUUGCUUCGAGGUGAAGACUAAGAGCAACACCAUCGUGCUUCAGGCAGAGACGCAGAAAGAACUCAUGGAAUGGAUUGCGGCUUUUGAAGCCGCGAAGCGAAAGGCUCUAGAGCGCCCAGCGAGCUCCGAUCCCUCACUUUCCGGCAAAGACACGAUUCAAGAUCCUGCUUUUGCCAUCUCGCCUCCUCCGGCCCCCGAAUUCGCCGCUGACCCGGCUGACUCGCUCACCCCACACUCAAGCGAGGAGCAAGGCUCAUCCGAGCGGAGUGGAAUGCUUCCUCUUCCAGACCGAGACCCAAAUGCUCUCCGGAAUAGCAGCGACUUUGGCGCGUACCGGCGCUUGACCUCCCUGGAACCCGAAAGCUCGGCAAGGGAGCACACCUCGCGUAUCAUUCAGAAACUGGAUCUCCAUCGCAAGUCCAACACGGUGCAACCCUCCAACUCUAUACCCGGAGCUGGGGGUGGCAUAGCAAGCCUGAUCUCCGCCAGUCACACCGCUCUUGGCUCAGGUACUGCUACCCCAUACGGCUCUCCGGAGAAUGAUUUCAACAGGGGCAACGAAUCUCCUACAACCCUGGCACCACCGACGCUGGCCAACCCUCCGGCUCCUACUAGCAUGAGCAAAGCAGCCGUGAUUGUUAGCAAUGAAAGGGGACUUGGGUUAGGUCAGGCCGACAAAACGGGCGGCAUGCCUAGCGGCAUGAUGGCAAACUUGUGGGGAAGUUCCAACUGGGGGUUCGUAAAUCGACUGGAACGAGAAAAAUUGGGGCUCUCGGAAACGCAUCAGGACACGGACUCUGGGCACACUCUAACGUCACCAGUUAGUGAUUCAUCAAAACAGAACGAUAAACCCGCCGGUGGUCCAACCCCCGCUAAACCAUCGGCUCCAGGUCCUCGUCAUCGACAGACAAUGAGUCUUGAUGGAAGUCCAGCCAAGAUACAGCAGGCAAUCAUGGGGGUUACUCAUGAGUAUCCCAGCUACUACCCGCAGCAGCUCAAAAUCCAGGAUUCUCAAUUCCGACUUUUGUUCCCCAAUGUCAAAAGAGAGGAAGCCCUGGUCAUGGUGUUCCGGGCUACGUGGAAUCCAAACGAUCAGCAAGAGUUCCCUGGAAGAGCCUAUGUGACUACGCGUGAUAUAUACUUCUAUAGUCACUACUAUGGGCUGGUAUUGACCACCAGUGUUUCUCUGGAAAGCAUCAAAGAAGUCACUGCGGCUCCUGGGAGAGACUGCGACUUCUUGUUCCUUCAUACCAUCCCACCUCCUGGCGAAGACACUCCCGGCCGAGUCACAGUCAAGACAUUCCUUGAGCCGCUGAAGCUUCUUCAAAGGCGUCUGAAUUUCCUGAUCAACGAUUCCACAGCCGUCGAGCCACUUGGUUUGGAAGCCAUCUUCAAGGCCCUCACCAAAAUGGAGACGGAUGCUUUGACUCGGACUCCCAGUGUAGACAGCUGGGAGGAUGUGGCUGGCGCAGAAGACAAGUUAGCCGACAGUGAAGGCACUACCGAUCAGCGCCCCGGAAGAGACUUCCGGGCUCCAAUCUACAUUGACAAGGAUUUGGACAUACACUCCAAGAAGGCUAUCAACGGCAAGGACGUGCCGAGGUUCAGGCUGCCUACUCAGCCCGUACAAUAUGUUCCCCAAGGGAAUUUACACCUAGCAGCUGAGAAGGAGUUUGAUAUCAGUCCCAAGGCGAUUUUCCAUAUUCUCUUCGGGGACAAGAGUGCAGUCUGGCAACUCCUCUUGCAUCAGAGAAAAGCACAAGGUAGGGUACCACCUCGACCCGAAGCACCGCAAACUGUAGUUAACAAGAUCAUAAGACAUCAAACAAGGCCCUUGGACCAGAAAUGA